UAGUCCCCGUGGCAACGGUUGCCAGGGUCAUGUGAUUCCCUGGGGCAGUGGGAACAUUCCGUCCCCUGGCAGUUGGGGGGGAUGUGGGGCUGGUGCCAACGGAACAUACCAUUCUAUGGCCGCGUCCGGGGCUGCCUCGCCGGGCACGCGGGAGAAGCCGAGCCCCCUGCCCAGCCUGCCCCUCCAGCUGAUGACAUGUGUUGUGGGGCCCUGUGCUCCUACAGUGAGUCCACUGGGCAGGGCAGCACACAAGGAGGAGGCCCCGUGCCCUCAGCCAGCCACCCGACUCUCACCACCCAGGUCACCAUGGACCGAAUGAAGAAGAUCAAGCGACAGCUCUCCAUGACGCUCCGGGGAAGCCGACCUACCGAGAAGAGCGGCGGCUCUGAGCAGAUCAACAUCGAAGACAGCAACUGCAGUGACAACGGCCCUAGCCCUGGUGGGAGGAAGGGCGCCUUGCCCUCAUCCUUACCCACGGUUCGCCUGCCCCCCCGAGCCUCCAGGAGCCUGCCCGCCCUGGGCCCAACCCCCCGGGCACCCCGGCAGCCUCCGCCGCCACCGGCCCGCCGGCCCCGGGCCUGUCGCAGUCUCAGCUCCCCACUGGACCGUGGCACCAGACUAGAGAUUGUGCAUGAAGACCUGAAGAUUGGUUCCGAUGGGGAGAGUGACCAGGCCUCAGCCACAUCCUCUGAUGAGGUGCAGUCACCUGUGAGAGUCCGAAUGCGAAACCACCCAGCCCGCAAGAUCUCAACUGAGGACAUCAACAAACGUCUCUCCCUACCUGCCGACAUCCGGCUGCCUGAGGGCUAUCUGGAGAAGCUGACCCUCAAUAGCCCGCUCUUUGACAAGCCCCUGAGCCGGCGCCUCCGCCGGGUCUCCCUGUCUGAAAUUGGCUUUGGCAAGUUGGAGACAUAUGUGAAGCUGGACAAACUGGGGGAGGGUACCUAUGCCACCGUGUACAAGGGCAAGAGCAAGUUGACAGACAACCUGGUGGCCCUGAAGGAGAUCCGGCUGGAGCACGAGGAGGGUGCUCCCUGUACAGCUAUUCGAGAAGUGUCGCUGCUGAAGGACCUGAAACACGCCAACAUUGUCACCCUUCAUGACAUCAUACACACAGACAAAUCCCUGACUCUGGUCUUUGAGUAUCUGGACAAGGACCUGAAGCAGUACCUGGAGGACUGUGGGAACAUCAUCAACAUGCACAAUGUCAAGCUCUUCCUGUUUCAGCUGCUGCGGGGCCUAGCCUACUGUCAUCGGCAGAAGGUGCUACACCGUGACCUCAAACCCCAGAACCUGCUGAUCAAUGAGCGUGGGGAACUCAAGCUGGCAGACUUUGGCCUGGCCAGGGCCAAGUCUAUCCCAACCAAAACAUACUCCAAUGAGGUGGUGACACUGUGGUACCGACCUCCGGACAUUCUGCUGGGCUCCACGGACUACUCCACUCAGAUAGACAUGUGGGGUGUGGGCUGCAUCUUCUACGAGAUGGCCACAGGCAGGCCCCUCUUCCCAGGUUCUACAGUGGAAGAGCAGCUUCAUUUCAUCUUUCGGAUUCUGGGGACCCCCACUGAAGAGACCUGGCCAGGAAUUUCAUCCAAUGAGGAGUUCAAGAACUACGAUUACCCCAAGUACCGGGCCGAGGCACUGCUGAGCCAUGCACCUCGGCUGGACACCGAUGGGGCAGACCUUUUGGCCAGACUACUGCAGUUUGAGGGACGGAAUCGGAUCUCUGCAGAUGAUGCCAUGAGACACCCCUUCUUCCAGAGUUUGGGGUCAAGGAUCCAUAAACUCCCUGACACUACUUCCAUAUUUGCACUAAAGGAGAUCCAGUUACAGAAGGAGACGGGCCUUCGCUCAGCCUCCCUCACAGACUCGGGCAGGCCAGCCUUCCGGGUGGUGGACACCGAGUUCUAGGCCCUUGGGGCAGCUGGCUUUGAGAAGGUGCUGGCAACUGGUUGGAGGUUGAGGCCUCUGGAGGCCCAUCAAGGCCGCUGGGAGGAGGGCUGCUGUGGAGCCAGUCCUGCUCUCUACCUAUCCCCACUCUCCCCAGCACAGCUCGCACCUCCUCGACUUGGCCACCGCAGCCGCCGCCACCACCACCACCACGUCCCUCCACUAACCUGCCUGCUCCUGGCUCAGCUGCCUCCCCACCCCCAUUCCCCUACAACUGACUCUUGUGGAAGGGUGCUAACAAAGCUCUUCCUUCCCUCCGC